AUGCCUCCAAAAAGGCUCCCAAGCCACCCUUGCCGUUCGGCAAGGGUAAUGCUGCAGACUCGGUGCCCAAUACUCGAAGAUCCUCGGACCACCGUGAGACUUGGCCUAUGCUGCCGAAGCAGUGACAACACGAAACCAUAUCCAAAUCCCCGAAGUCGAGGGUGUGCUCUAGCAGGCUGUAACCUCCUUUCGAACGGUAGCACUUGA